UUUAUGAACCAUAUAUGGACCCGGUUUGGUUUUCUAGAAAAUGAACCGUUUCAUUUUUAUUGCAAUUAGUUUUAUUUUGUUGAAGGGGGUAGUCACUGGAAAACUGAGAAUGAGUGCAAGUAAUUUAGUAGCAGAAAAAGUGUGGAAGGAAAUUGAAUCAACCCAAACAGUGAAUGAUGAUCAACUUUAUAUUUUACAUUUUUUGUUUGGUAAGAACUUUGAAGGAGCUAGUAGAAUAGUGGAUCAAAGAGGUGCGAAGAGGAUUUCUGGUGAACCAAGUGGAAGGUUUAUCUUUCAGGUUACAGGGGAAUCGCGGAAAAAAGACCAAUAUCUGUGUUUUGCAGAAAACUUUUGUGCAUCUUUCUUCUAUGAUGUUGUCAACAGAGGGGAACAACUAUGUUGUAAACAUCAAUUAGCUGCGAGGCUUGCUGCAUCGUUGGGAUCGUACGUCGAAGUUAAGAAUCUUAUCUCAGGGAAGACAAUUGGAGUUACUAAAGAAAAGGGACGGUUGUACUACCUAUCUAAUGAACCAAAUUGUUCGAAGGUGUUGGCUUCCUACUUGCAGACUGAGUCUUCGGUGUCCUCUUCUCAUUCUGCCGCAUAAAUUUGGCUUCAACACAAGUGUCUUGGUCAUCCACCAUUCUCUUUAGUUAAUUGUAUGUUUCCUUCUUUAUUUUUACAACAUUUAGUUGAGUGUUUUAAAUGUGAUGUUUGUGAGUUAGCUAAUCAUCACCGUAUCUCUUUUACUUCUAA